AUGUCCACCACCGAGACUACCACCCAGACAGCCGAGCAAGUCUCGAGUCUGCAUGGUUUUGGAAGGAUGCGGGUCGAUGGCACCGAUAGGCAUUUCGGCGACUUUCGCGAUGCCUUGACUCGAGAUGGAUUCGCCAUCGUGAAGGGCGCUAUUCCGAAGGGAAAAGCGCUGGAGUACGCCGAUGCGAUGUAUUCUUGGCUGGAGGGGUUCGAGCUCGGAUUCGACCGAAACGAUCCGUCUAGUGUACAAAAGGACAACUUGCCCGUUCUCAAUGAGAAGGGUAUGUGUCUGCACUAUGGUCUCCCUCAUGAGAACUUUGUUUGGGGCGUUCGAAGUGAGCCUGGUGUCAUUGAUGCCUUCGAGAAGAUCUACGAUGAUGAAGAUCUCAUUGUUUCUUUUGAUGCCAUCAACAUUCAAUUCCCGAACCGGACCGAUGUUCCUCCAAAUACACCCUGGCCUCACCAGGAUCAGGAUCCCGAGAAGCAUGGUUUCCGUUGCAUGCAAGGGCUCGUGAAUUUGCUCCCCAACGGACCCGAUGACGGCGGUCUCAUCGUCUGCCGGGGCGGUCACCUUCUCUCCGAGCAAUUUCACAAGGAGAUGGCCGAUGAGGAGCGAAUCCCAGCCUGGACACCAGAGUGGUAUGGUUUCACUGACCGCGGAAUGAAAUGGUUGGAGGAUCGUGGUUGCAAGUGGGAAAAGGUCAGCGCUGAGCCGGGAGAUCUACUCCUCUGGGACUCACGUACGCCGCACUACAAUCUCAGUCCGAAGAAGACUCAAGACCGCCUCGCCAUUUAUACCUGCUACAUGCCAGUGGCAGAUGCAACACAAGAAGAUCUGCUCCGUAAGAAAGAUGCCUUUGAUCGCCGUGUUGGCACCACCCACUGGCCCAAUGCAAAGCAUACUGGAUCAAAUGUGGCAAAUCGCAAUGGCGAAGAUGACCCUCAUAACCGCCUGCGGCCACUAGUUGAUCCUGUGCUUGGAGAGAGGGCGUUCAAACUGACAGGCAUUCCUUACAUUAAGUGA